GAGCGUGUUAUUUGUUUCUAUUUGGCUACUCUUUGCCCGAAAAUCUGUCAGCCCAGUCUUUCUUACUAACCACUAUGGACAACGAAGACUAUCCAAGGCUUCCGCGGCGGAAUCGUAGCGGGGACGAUCCAAAGAUGAUUGGACUAUGGAAGAUCGGAAGGACUAUUGGCAAGGGAAGCUCAGGCCGCGUAAGGAUCGCACGACAUUCAAAAACAGGACAAUAUGCCGCAGUAAAGAUUGUGUCUAAAAACAUCCUCGUGAACUCUAUCACCAAACUUGUCGACUCCGCGGAGCAUAUGCUUCUCAGCAUUGAACGUGAAAUCGUGAUCAUGAAGCUCAUCGACCAUCCAAACAUAAUGCGCCUCUAUGACGUGUGGGAGACCUCCAGCGAGCUCUAUCUUAUUCUUGAGUACGUAGAGGGUGGCGAGCUCUUCGAUUAUCUGUGCAACAAGGGGCGGCUAUCCACCUUCGAAGCAUUGGGCUACUUCCAGCAAAUCAUCUCCGCAAUCGACUAUUGUCAUCGACUCAACAUUGCGCAUAGAGAUCUCAAGCCUGAGAACCUUCUCAUGGACCAAAACAAGAACAUCAAGGUCGCAGACUUUGGUAUGGCUGGUUGGCAGGCUAGGUCCAAAAAUGGUUUACUUCAGACGGCAUGUGGAAGCCCUCAUUAUGCGGCCCCGGAAGUCAUCAUGGGGAAGGAGUACAAUGGACGCGCUUCUGAUAUCUGGUCUUGUGGCGUGAUUCUAUUUGCCUUGCUUGUGGGACGCCUUCCGUUCGAUGAUGAGGACCUACCAACACUGCUAGAUAAAGUCAAGUCGGGAAAGUUUGAUAUGCCAGCCGGGAUCGAUCUCUUGGCCAAGGAUCUUAUCACAAAGAUGCUGCAGAAGGACGUUGUGAAACGUAUCACGAUCCCUGAAAUUCUCACUCACCCAUUCUACCUUUCCCAAAAGCCAAAGUCUGUCGACGCGAGCACGCCGAGGCUUAAUGAUAUAGCAAGACCUCUCUCUGACCUUGAAGACAUUGACCAAGAUAUUCUCUCGAACCUCCGCACGCUUUGGCACGAUACAUCCGAGGAAGACAUCAAAACUAGCCUCAAGAGCUCCGAGCCAAACUGGCAAAAAGGCGUUUACCGACUGCUCACCAAUUAUCGGGACAAACACUUGGAAAAUUACGACGAGGAAGAGGAGAUGGUGCAAAGAAAGACACGUAGGAAGAAAUCAAUUGGGAAUGACCCUCAGGGCAUGACUGGGACCACAUCCGAAACACCCCACCUGGCACGCGCGCCUUCAUUUCUUCCCCCUCGCGCAGCUCCUCCGACUCCACGUAGCGCAGCUGGUCGCACGCUUCCCCUGCACAGCGAUGACAGUGAUAGAGACUGCAUACAACUAGGCGUUCCUCGUAUAACUCUGUGUUCACCGACACCGCCACGUCCAGGGGCUGAUCUCCGCUCUCCUUUGUCAUCAUAUAUCACAUCUCUAACAUCGCCCUUAUCACCCACGGCUGGUUCUACAAAUUUGCCCGCGAUUGAAGUCCCGGAACUCAAGGAUGAUAAAAUGCAGCAUUUUUUCCGGCAAAUUGUGGAACAUCUUAAUGCUAUGGAGGCGCGCACUGCAGGCACACCCCAUCUUGAUCUUGGAAACACCUCAGUUCUACCCACACCUGUCAAUAUCGAAUUCGACAAGCAUCGGAAAGGCAACGUUGUGCAGACCAGAGGCUAUUCGUCACCCCAGGAGAUCAUAUCCGGCGCGGAUAUAAGGCGCGAACGACGAAGCCAGUUCGGAGAGGCCGAUAAGGAGAAUAUAUCUCUCAGUGUCAGUGGACCCGGAAUCGUCAAGAAGUCAUCUCUGCGGAGCAACGAUGCUGACAGACGGCCUGCGCUCCGCGUGCAAAUCAUUGAGCCCCCGCUCAACAAGCUACGCAAGAAAGGCGGCAGUGACACCCCAGCCGCCGUCUCACCUGCGUUUUCUGACAGCUCAUUCACUCUUCCCGCGACGCCGCGGCGGCGUUGGCUUGAUAGUGUUUUCAAGUUCAAGCCAGUAACGUACCAGCUUCUGUCCACGCAUGACGGGUUCACAUCACGCGAGGAGUGCCGUCGAAUGCUGGUGAACAUGGGCGUCCGCGUAGUCCUCACGCAUGCGGAACAUUCAGGUGUGCUCAAGUGCAGAACAGACGAUACGAAGGAUCUAUCUGGAUUUCUGCCGGCACUGAAGUCAGUGCGGUUCCGCGUGGAGGUGCAGAGGCCGACGCCUGUGCAAAUCACUGCUGGAUAUCAGGUUGUACUACACUUGAUACAGGAAAGGGGCGCGUUAUCAAGCUUCCAGGCAAUUUACCAAAGGCUGAGAAGGAACUGGGAGUUGGACAUUCCACGAAUGCUGAUGACACCGAAUAGUCCACUUUUCAGCCCUACAGAAACCGAGAUGGGAGGGUACGAAUUUAGCGAGAGGUUAGUGUACGUUGAUUAG